GUAUGUGUCCUCUAUUUACAAUGGCCUCGAUUGACUCUGCGCGCUGGGGAGUUGGCCCGACGAGAAAUUCGGCCAGCUAGGAUCGCAACGACGAUAACUCACCACAGUUAUGCUUACGAUCUCGAUCGCGAAUCACCGUUAUGUGUCGCACUUAUCGUGAUUCGUCGUGUCUCGUGUAAUUACCGAGUUGAUCUCGCGAUCUUUCUCGUUCACGGGCGAACGACUGAUCUAAAUUCAGACAUAUGGUAAUAAAUUUGUAGCUGCGAAUUGUGUGUCGAUGCGAAGACCGGCAUUAACUUUUUUCGGCUCCUACCGUCGGACCUAACGGCGCGAAGACGAAUUGCUAGAUCUUAAUCUAAAGAACGGUAGAAAUCUUUCAUUGUCCGUUCUCUCGUACGCGUGUCGAAGUUCUUCCCGCGGUAAGGUUCGUGCUCGGUACGAUGUUACUUUUUCAAACGGGUCAUCGAACGAAGUAGUUGGCAAAUCAUUAGAAUAAAGUGUUUAAUCUUGAAUAUCGUAUACUCCGUAUAUUAUUAUAUCAUCCGCGAGAUGAUUGUGAAAUGUUGCGUAUGUAAAUAAACAAAAGUCAACAGCAGAACAUCUAGGCCACAGAGAUACAUUAACAGGUGAUAUUGCGAAAAGAAAGUGAUAAAAUGGACGAAAUUGUGAAAAUUUUGCGGUCAUGCCUGAUAUCAUGCAAAGGUGGUGUAAAGUUGGACAAUUUGAAGGCGGAUUAUCAUAUGAUCACGGGAGAGCCCUUACCAUAUAGAAACUUUGGAUACUCGACAAUCGAAGCCUUUAUACGUAAUAUACCUGAUAUUACAGUGACCAAUAGGAGUGGAGAAUUGUAUGUUGAUGCAUUACCUACUAGGACAACAGCUCAUCUUACAAAAUUAAUUUCACAUCAAGUAUCUCGACGAAAGACACGACGAAAACCACAGACCAAAAAAUGGAAUUCUCUUCGAUAUACUCCCAGAGGGUACUUACCUGGUUUUAAAAAUAACGGACCUCAUUCUGGAAGGUAUAACAAUCCAAGUCCUUCGAAUUCAUUCACUAGAUCGACACCUGGGAGAAGUAACUUAUAUACAGACUUUAGCAGACCUGUACCACUCAUGGAGAAUAUAGUACAAUGUCCGUAUCCCUUAUCGCGCAAUAAUGAGAAACCAAGAUUUGUCAUGGACACACCACAAGUUUCACCUAGCAAAAGACUGAAAGACAAAGCAACUAAUCCUAGCGUAUCGACUUCGACUUCGAGCCAAAGUUUUAACAAAUUUAAGAUUGACGAGAGAUUAGAGAACAAAGUAUUAAUUGAGAAUGCAGCAUUGCCACCACCUGUGAUAAGCUCAAAACCAAAGACUGUAGAACAAAAACCCCUGAAAAUAAGCGAUAGGCUUAAAAUCCCCUCGUCGUUGUUGACUAAUAAUAAUGGACAUAUCCAUACGCCUAUUAUGUUAUCUAACAUUUCACAGGUUGCACCUGUCAAUGACCCGCGGAAAGAGCUGGCGACUCGUGCUACUGCGUUAGAUCUACCGUCGCCGAUUUACAAAAUGUACAUGAAGAAAGAAAAGAUUGAUCCUACAAGGAUCACCAUAUAUGCCAGCGUUAAAGUUGGAACUCAUACAUUCCAUACUUUCCCGGAAGACGCGAAGACCGGAGAAGAAGCCGAGAAGAUCGCGGCGCGUUUAGCAUUAGUGAACUUAGCCAAGGAGUCAUCGAGUCCCGAAGUAACCACCGUUGAUAUAAAACUAGUGAAGGAGCGCAUACUAACGAUCGUAACCAGGCAUCAUAGCGGCGUCUUUAUGCAUCAAUUGCCCACAUAUUAUAACGAGCAAUACGGAGAGGCUUUACCGCAAGAUUGGCAGAGGAUUACCGAAGAGUGUGCGGAUAUCAAUAAAGAGAAAGGCGUCGGCAAUUCGACGAUCCUUUGUCGAUCCGAUCCAACGGCAAAGCGGCCAGAGGUUCACUCUCCGUUCCACGAAGUGCAUCCCGAUAACAGUUUAUCCAGUGAGAAAAUACAGUUGAGUCCGAUAGGACCCGUCGCGCCUGAAAAGUUGAAGAUACCCGAAGCGACUCUCUGGAAUGUAUAUACAACAUGCGUCAUAAGUACCGUCGAGGUAUGGGUCAGGCUCGUCGACGAUGACUACAACGAUAAUUUUAACGAAAUGACGAACGAGAUGACCGAGUAUUAUAAUCAGAUAAAAGAACCCGUCACGACGUCGACAUACAUUCCCGGCGAUUUCUAUGCGAUUUUCGAGGAUGAUUAUUGGCACAGAGUACAAUGCAUCGACUUUGAGCCGGAAAGCAAACUCGCUACGGUGCAUUUUAUUGAUGAAGGUUGCGUCGAUCAGUACAAGUGUGACAUGUUGCAGCCCUUGGAGAAAAAAUUCUGUACGCUCUCGGCCCAGGCAAUCCGAGUGGCUCUUCAAGGAUUGGAAGAAUUUCGCGAUUGCAGUCAGAUAGUCGCAGAGAUUGAGAGCCAGCUUUUGGAACAGGUGUUCUGCGUCAAAGUACACAGCAUAGCCUCCGAUGAGGACGGCACAUACGCAACGGUGACGUUUUACGACACCAGUAGCGAAGAUGACGUGGACAUGAAUAAUAUCCUCUUUGAAAAAAUCGUAGAAAAUAUCGCCGCAGCGUCCAAAUUGAGUGCUGGACAAUUCGUCGAGAUGUACGUCACGAAUAUGGACAGACAUGGCAAGGUUUACGCGCAAUUGAAUUCCGUCUUCAAAACGUGCCUGUUGAAUCUCAUGAGCAACGAGAACAUGUCGCAAGUACCCGUGCAAGUUCUGAAAAGCUCCGCAGUGAGGGCGAUUGACUUCACAAAGAUGUACUUCGUACAAUUGGACUCGCAAUGGUACCGGGCGAGAGUGACGGACGUUCAAAAUGAACGUCUGGUGACGGUGUUUCUGGUCGACCUAGGUCGAACAGUCACCGCGUUGCGAGCGAACUUACUUCAUAUGGAGAAAAUAUCGAAGGCUCUGCAGAGCAUCCCACCACAGGCGAUGCAGGUUUUUCUCUACAAUGUCGAUCAGUCGAUGUAUGGUGACAAACUUGUGACGAGGUUUAACGAAUUAGUCUCGGAUACCGAUUUGCUGAUCGCAAAGGUCUUCCGAGUCAUAUCUGGAGUCCCGCUAGUGCAAAUUUUCAAAAGGGUUCAACCGAGCAACAUGUUGGCUUCCAUUAAUGAAUCACUGAUUCACGACGAGGAAUUGACAAAGUCUAACGAAGACGGUAACAACAACAUCAAGCCCAAGAAACGUUUGGAGCACAAGAAUUCGCGUAUUCUCGAGUCCGGUAAAUUGAAUCCACCUACGAUCUCGGACAUCGGCCACUUCUUCGACGUUCACGUAGCAUUGGCCUCGCACCCAGGACACUUCAUCGUUCAACCUCUGAACAACAUGGGUGACAUGAGGGCGAUGAUGACUGAUUUGCAAAAGUGCUGCGAUGCAUACGAAGGACCGGAAUUAGAAUCGGUCAGUGAAGGCAAGCUCUACGCAGGAAAAUGGGUGGACGAUUAUUGGUACAGAGUAUAUGUUACCAAUAUCAUCAGCGACGACAUGAUAUCAGUAUAUUUCUGCGACUUUGGAGAUAUGACGAUAGUCCCGCCAAGCCGCCUGCAACCCUUAAAAAGCGAAUUUCUGGAGUUGCCAUAUCAAGCUGUGAAGGCAAAACUAAUCGGGAUACAACCGAUGAACAUGGAUUGGACCGUCGAAGAUUGCGUGAGAUUUCGCGAUCUGGUGCUGAACAAGAACUUCGUCUCGAUAGUCGCCGAAUCGAUGUUCGACCACUUGUCGCCGGUUAACGGUACUGUACUCGGGCUGAAGUUAAUUGACGUUAGCACUGAACAGGAUAUAUUCAUUGACAAACUAUUAGUGGAGGAGAACCGUGCCAAGUUUAUCCAAGAAGGAGAUAAUCUUACGCUUAGUUAGCUCGUUUCAAUGACCGAGGAUGAGUAGAAAUGCAAUUUUCGUAAUUGUAUCUUGUUAUCCUUCUGUAAUGACACGAGUGAUUGCGAUUCGUAUACAUUACAAAAGGAUAACGUAUAAGUAUACACAUAGACUGCAAUCGUAUAUUUCAUUGUCCGAGAGAAUGGGUUGGUUUUUUUUUUCUUUUUUUUCUUUAAUAACAUAGCGCACACACAAAUUCUGAUAUGUAAUAGAGUUUUAUUUUUCACAAAGGGUAAUUAUUUUAUUUGUUAUUAUUGUAUUCUCAUAUAAAGCCUUAUGUUUGCAAUUGCA